GCAUCAAGCCUGCAAUUUGAGUGGCAUAUGUAUGAGUGCGGGCAUUGCCGAAUUGGGAAGCCUCUGUCUGUGUGCAGCUCUUACAGAACGGCCUUUCUCCCGCGUCCGAAGUUCGAGAGUCUACUUUGUGUCGGAUUUCCUAGUAAACCAGGAAGAGGGGGCACGGCGUUGGCUGGACCAGGAAGCAAGAGUUUCGGAGAUGUCUAUCAGUGUAAUUGCAGAGUCCCUCAUUUCCGAGCCCGCGACAGUGUCGAUGAAGAUGAAGACAGCACAAGCUGAAGUCAGGGAGGCGAGAAUCCCACCCACCGCGGUCUCUGAGCCACUCUUACUUGAGUCCCCGAUGGAGACGGAGACGGAACCUGCGCAAUAUGGGCAAGUGCAGGAGUUUAUCUACCGGUCCAAGCUGCCAGACAUUGACAUCCCCAACCACAUGCCCUUGGCCGACUACUGUCUUGAGAAGGCAGCCCAGUGGCCCGAGAAUGUGUGCUUGAUAGAUGGCAACACAGGGAGAAAGCAUACUUAUGGUGAGAUUGAGGUCAGCAUGCGACGUGUGGCUGCAGGUCUAGCAAACAUUGGAGUGAAGCAAGGAGAUGUCAUCGCCUUGCUCCUCCCUAACUGCGCAGAGUUCGUCCAAGUGUUCCUCGGAGCCGCAAAGAGGGGCGCAGUUAUCACCACCGCUAACCCAUUCUACACAUCCGCUGAGCUCAGGAAGCAGAUCUUGGCGUCGGGGACGACAAUGGUUGUCACUCAAUCCAGCUACGUCGAGAAGCUAGAGGGUUUAAUUGUUCAGAUUGUUACUGUCGAUCAGCACGUUGAUGGCUGCUUGCACAUCUCCGCGCUCCUGGAGGCCGACGAGGCCGAGUGCCCGCAAGUCGAAAUCCACCCCGACGACGUCGUCUGCCUGCCAUACUCGUCCGGCACUACCGGACUGCCCAAGGGUGUCAUGCUCACACACAAAGGCCUGGUUUCUAGUGUUUCCCAACAAGUCGAUGGCGAAGUGCCCAACUUCAACAUCACUGUGGAGGACACCAUGAUGUGCGUGCUGCCCAUGUUCCACAUUUACUCCCUUAACUCAAUCCUCCUCUGCGGGCUGCGAGUCGGCGCUGCGCUUGUGGUCAUGAGCAAGUUCGAGCUCCCCAAGUUGUUGGAUCUCAUCCAGAGAUACAAGGUGACCGUGGGGCCAUUUGUGCCACCAAUUGUGCUCGCGAUUGCGAAGAACCCCAUUGUGGACAAUUACGACCUCUCCAGCAUCAGGAUGGUGAUGUCCGGCGCCGCUCCUCUUGGCAAAGAGCUGGAAGAUGCCUUCAGGGCUCGAUUGCCCAAUGCUGUUCUCGGCCAGGGUUACGGAAUGACAGAAGCUGGUCCAGUGCUAGCAAUGUGUUUGGCAUUCGCCAAGACUCCAUUUCCAGUGAAGCCAGGGUCAUGUGGUACAGUCGUUCGAAAUGCGGAGGUGAAGAUUGUGGACACCGAGACCGGCAUGUCUUUGCCAUACAACCAGCCUGGAGAAAUCUGCAUUCGGGGACCUCAAAUUAUGAAAGGUUAUUUGAACAACCCUGAAGCCACAGCCAACACUAUCGACAAAGACGGCUUUUUGCACACAGGAGACGUUGCGUUCAUCGAUGAGGACGAGGAGAUGUUCAUCGUGGACAGGGUGAAGGAAAUCAUCAAGUUCAAGGGCUUCCAAGUCCCGCCCGCCGAACUGGAAGCACUUCUGUUUUCCCACCCCCUCAUCCAAGAUGCCGCCGUAGUCUCGCGCAAGGACGACAUUGCCGGAGAAGUCCCCGUGGCAUUCGUCGUCAGAACUCCCAGCAGCAUCAUCAGCGAAGAGGAGGUGAAAGCUUACAUAGCCGACCAGGUUGUCUUCUACAAGAAGAUCCACAGCGUAUACUUCGUGGACUCCAUCCCCAAGUCCGCAUCUGGAAAAAUCUUGCGGAAGGAUCUCAGAAACAAGGUGUAGAUAUAACUAGAACCUCAAAACCAAUCAGUAGGUCUCAUUCUUUCGGUAAAACGUAAGUGACAAAAAAGAAGCGGUAUCCUCCCACAAUGUACAACCCACUCCAUUCUUGAAUAAGUGUCCAUCUCGAGCCACCCCAAAGAAGCUUUUGGCACACACCACCACUCCACGCACAUGAAAUCGAAGCUGUGGCCACAAGCAGGGCUGUGUUCCACCGCGACGUCCGUGGCUUUGAGGUUGUGCACAAGUACUGAGCUCGACACUUCGCAAACGUAGCAUUGCCGACACAAGUCUGUUGUAGCGGCGACCUACAACGACAAUUUUUUUCCCGUGAGAACAUAGAAACUGGAAUUGUUGGCAGCCUGGAUUCCACAUGUUAAAGCAUGCGUUGACAAUUAGUGCCGCCACCGCUGCUGCUGCCCAAGUGGCUCUUGUGGUCCUAGCAUGCUUACAGUUCCAUGUCUAGAGAUAUGCAAAGGUUCAUAAGCAAUCAUGCUCCGAUGACGAUAAAACACUAUGAAACUAAUUAAUUGAAAUCCUUCAUUCUCAUUCCA